GGUAGUGGUGGUGGAGGUGGCGGUGGUGGUGGUUGUGCCGGUACUAGUGGUGGUGGUGGACCGCGGUUCGAUAACCGACGAAUCGCAUCAUUGCAAACCGGCCUGGACCGCAUCGUCGGAUACGCGUGCUCUCUCUCCUAUCCUUCAAAACACCGAAGGAGGAAAAGAAAGACAUCCUGGUAGUUCUUUACUCGUGGUCAAGGCGACACCUAAAGAAAGGAUCACUCGGACGACGAGAGUUCUGCCGGUUUAAUCGGCUCUCUACAAGCGCACAUCCUACGUGCAAAUACGAAGUAAUAAGAAACUUUAUCAAGAAAUUUCUUCAUCCGUCGUUCCUUUUGACGAAUCAUAAAGGAGAAAAAGAAAAAGAAAAAGAAAAAAAGAUCAAGAAAUUUCGUCGAUGGAAUACGUCACACGCUGGUUCAUCGUAGAACAAGCAAAGAAACGAGGAAGGUUCUUCGUUAUUAGUGAUUCUUAGUAUCCACCCAAAGAAGAUAAAAGGAAAAGAAGAAGAAGAAGAAGAAGAAGAAAAAGGUGGUGGUGUCCUAAGUCAAGGUCAUUGAUUCCUGUUCGAAUAUAUUUCAUCGUUGGAGCUCCGCAGAUGGGAAUUAGGUUGGCUGGACCCGACGGGGUGGUGAAAAUCUUCACGAGAAGAAUUAGACACGAGGAAGAAGGAUCUAAGAAAGGAUACGUUGUUCGAGUAUCAAUAACGCUUAUAGUAGUACCUCUGGUACUACUUUUAGUGUUUCUCGAUCCUCGUUAUCGUCCACCCUCUCAAUCCUCAUACCACCGAGCUUAUUCUAGCUCACCUUUCUCGCUCCUGAUUCGGUCGCGAAAACUCGAUCAAGCUGGAAUUGAUGGAGUUGGAGAACAUCGUGGCCAACACUGUUUACCUCAAAGCGAGAGAAGGUGGUGGUGACAGCAACAAAGGGAAGAGUAAGAAAUGGCGGAAGAUACUUCAGUUUCCACACAUUUCCCAGUGCAUCGGCCUAAAAGAUAAAUUAGAUAUUAGGUACGGGUAUGUGGUGGAUCAGCAACCAAUCGGAAGACUUCUCUUCAGGCAAUAUUGUCAAGAUAAGAAACCGGCCUAUCACCGAUACAAUCUUUUCCUGGAUUCAAUCGAAAAAUACGAGAUCGAGAUGGACGAAAAUCGGAUGGAAUUAGCCAAGGAAUUGUUCGAACAAUAUCUUACAAGGGAAGGUUCUGAGGUCGUAGAUAUUUUGAACGAUUCCUUAAUAUCCCAAUGCGAGGAAAGAUUGUGCUCGGGUGGAAAGGAAUUGUUCGUUGAGAUCGCACAAACUGUGAAAAAUUUUCUAGCUGGUGAACCAUUUUCAGCCUUUCAAACCAGUAUUUAUUUUUACAGGUAUCUCCAAUGGAAAUGGUUGGAAGCACAACCGGUAACUUACAAGACGUUCCGUAUGUAUAGAGUCCUUGGUAAAGGUGGUUUUGGUGAAGUAUGUGCUUGUCAGGUCAGAGCAACCGGUAAAAUGUAUGCCUGUAAGAAACUCGAGAAGAAAAGGAUAAAGAAGAGAAAGGGAGAAGCAAUGGUACUGAUUGAAAAGAAUAUACUACAGAAGAUCAAUUCUAAGUUUGUAGUUUCGUUAGCUUAUGCAUACGAAACGAAGGAUGCUUUAUGCCUGGUAUUGACCAUUAUGAAUGGGGGUGAUUUAAAGUUUCACAUAUACAAUAUGGGCGGUGAACCUGGUUUUGAUAUUAAUCGGGCUAGAUUUUAUGCCGCCGAAGUGGUAUGCGGUUUGGAACAUUUACAUCUUCAAGGUAUUGUCUAUAGAGACUGCAAACCGGAGAAUAUUUUACUCGAUGAUCAUGGCCACGUUAGGAUAUCUGACCUUGGAUUAGCCGUUGAGAUUACCGAGGGUGAUAUGGUACGUGGUAGAGUUGGAACUGUUGGUUACAUGGCACCCGAAGUAAUCGAUAACGAGAAAUAUACAUUUUCACCUGACUGGUUCAGUUUCGGUUGUCUUCUUUACGAAAUGAUUGAAGGUCAAGCACCUUUCAGAGCUAGAAAAGAAAAAGUUAAACGCGAGGAGGUCGACAGAAGAGUUAAGGAAGAUCAAGAAAGGUAUUCAUCCAAAUUCACCGAGGAAGCUAAAGGCCUUUGCCAACAGUUACUCAAAAAGAGUCCGAAAAACAGAUUGGGCUGCAAGUGCGGUAGGCACGGGGCAAAGGAGGUCAAACUUCAUAGUUUCUUUCAGUGCUUGAACUGGAAAAGGGUCGAGGCUGGUAUGUGGGAACCGCCAUUUGUGCCGGAUCCUCACGCUGUAUAUGCUAAAGACGUCCUAGACAUCGAGCAAUUCUCCACAGUGAAAGGUGUUAAUCUCGAUGCGACAGACGACACCUUUUACAGUAAAUUUAACACGGGAAGCGUAUCCAUUCCUUGGCAAAAUGAGAUGAUAGAGACUGAGUGUUUUAAGGAACUCAAUGUACUAGGUCCUAACAACACGCCUACUCCAGACUUAUUGAUAAAUUAUCCACCACAGAACAACGAGAACAGAGGCUGUUUUCCAUUCCGUAGAAAGGAGAAGCAGAGUGCACGUACAAAGGAGAUACCGUUAUCCGAGUGCCAUUUGUUGGAGCUGUCUCAAAGUCAGAGCUCCGAGAUGUCGGUCAGCUGACUCAGGAUUAACGCAUGUAGCGUGAAUCAAUCGGCAUCACCUUCUUAUCGUUGUCGUCGUGGUCGAAGACGACGUACUUCGAGAUGUUGUCCAAAGCUUCUCUGAAUAAGGGAUUCAAGGAUAAGGAUAAAGAAAGGGAGAUGAGUUCUAUCUCUCCUUUUUUAAAAGAAGAACAAGAACAAGAAGAAGAAUAUAUCCUUUUAACAAAAUAUACCUCUCUUCGUUCAAUGGAAAAGAAAUUUCUGAGGUCCUUGACGGAAGGACUUAAAAAACCCUCCCCUCAAAAAAAAAAAACAACUCUGAUUACAAAAGAAAAUGAAAAAGAAAAAGAAAAAACACACGAGAAAAGAAUUUUUGUGUCUCCAAUCACACAAACAAAUGUGUCCGUUCAAUAUCGUUCCUGAUCGUUUUUGUUUUAUUUUAAAUGAAUUUUGUUUUGUGUCCUAAGCAUUUAUAUCGAAUAAUUACUAAAAUCAGCAUUUAUCAGAAUUAUUUGUACACUUAUUAAAUAGUUAAAUGGAUGAAAAAAAAAAAAAAGAAAGAGAAAGCGAAAGAGUGGGACGAAACGAAUGUAUACGUGUUGUGUAUACGUGUACAAUUUGUAUUCGAUCAGAAUCACGGAAUACUUCCAUGUUUAUUAUCACGUCCUAUCAACUACUUAACUGAGAGAAUAUUUCGAUAUAAAUAUACAUAUACAUAUAUACAUAUAUAAAUAUUAGAAUUUAAAUUCGAUGACAAAAAAAAAAUUUAGAGGAUAAAUUUAUUCCACUGAUCAAACUUAUGUUACCGAACGAAUGAUUAUUUUCAGUAAUAAUAAAAAAAAAUGAAAUUAAUGAAAAAGAAAGAAAGAAAAUGAAACGUAUACACUUUGUAUUUGAACUGAAGAAAUAUUUUAAUAUAUGCAUAUGUAUAUGUAUAUGUAUAUGUAUAAGAGGAUUAAAUUAGACACGAUUGAAAAGUGAAAGUAUAUCUACGAAGAGCUCAAAGACAUCAAUUCGAAAGAUCAUUUUCUUAUCUAUGGCAACUGUCAAUUCUAACGUGUUAAUUAUUCGCAGUAUAAACUAUUAAGGAUGAAGGAAAAGCGUCAACGUUUAAUUUCUUAUCUAUUUUAACACGUUGUUAUCAAACACUUCAAUAUUAUCUCUUUUCCUUUCUUCUUAUAUAUAUAUCUUUUACUAUUAUUUAUUUUUUUUUUUUAUUUAAUUAAAUUUAUUUCAAAUUUCGUUACUAUAUACACUACAUACUAAAAGUUUGGAUACACGUACUCGUAUAUGAAAUAUCAAUAAAUUAUUGGAAAUUAUGUUUCUCAAAUGCUUUAUUAUAUUAUAUAUAUAUUUAGCAUACGUAAAAGUUAAAUUAAAAAUAUUGAUUGUAGUAGAAAAAUUUGAUAAAGCAUUAUUAGAUGUGUCCAAACGUUUCGCUUGUUAACAAAUAUGGAAUCAAUAGCUUGUACAUAAAUGUAAUGCAAAUGCAGUAUGUGUUACCAAACUUUGCAGUGUAUAUAUAUAUAUUUAUAUAUGUAUUUCAUAUCCGCUGGAAGUGAUUGAUUUUAUUGACGUAUUUUUAUGAUUGAACAAAAAAAAAAAAAAGAACCUUUUAUAAUGAUCUAAAUUGAUGUCCUCCUCAUAAAUGCACACAUAACGCACAUAUUACAAAUUUUAGGCAUACACCGAACGUUCUCAUAUUUAGAUAUACAUAAAUAUAUUACAAGAAGAAGAAUAGGAAAAUAAUAAUAAUAAUAUUAAUAAUAAUAAAUUAACGUUACCUCGUCGGUUCGUACGGUGUAUAUAAAUAUAAUAUUAUAACAGCGAUUAAUUUAAUCAUUAUCAUCGUGGUUUCUAAUGAUUUUUUUGAAAAUGUUAUGAUAAAAAGAUGAUGAUGAUGAUGAUGAGAAAACAUCAUUUAUUUUUUGGUCGUUGUUCUUCUCGUUGUUCUCUCGCAAAAAAAAAAAAAAAAUCAAUGCCGGAAUUGACAUUAAUCAAAAGGCAUGUGUAAUUUCCCUCGUCCAAUCGUUCGAUGUGUCUGUGACGUGUCACAAACAUUUAUAUAUGCAUAUAUAUAUAUAUUAUAUAUGUAUAUUCUGAGAAAAAAAAAAAAAGAAAAAAAAAAAAAAAAAAAGAAAAAACAUUAGAUAUUAGUAUUAGAAUUAGAGAAUUAAUAAUUUCGUCGGUAAUGAAACAUUUUCCACAAAGUUUCGUAUAGAAAGAAAGUUAAUCGUUGAUAUAAUGACGCACGCACAUGAUACAUGCUUUAAAAGAAAAAAAAAAAAGAAAAAAAA